AUGGGGAAGCUUAAGCGCUUAGAGCUCAACAACUUCAAGUCUUACAAAGGACAUCAAAAGAUCGAGUUUGGUGAAUCGUACUUUACAAGUAUCAUUGGUCCCAAUGGAUCCGGAAAAUCGAAUUCCAUGGACGCCAUUUCUUUCGUCCUCGGAAUUAAAUCCGCUCAACUCCGAUCUGCCUCUCUAAAGGACCUUGUCUACCGCGGCCGAGUCCUCAAGCAAAAUAAAGUUAACGGAACGAUACACCCAGAUACAAAUGGCGAAGACUCUCUUCUUGUCGAGGAUAUUGCAGAUGCUAGUGCGUCGCAGGCCGACCCUAAAACUGCAUGGGUGAUGGCCGUCUACGAAGAUGACGAUGGAGAAGAGCAUCAUUGGAAGCGAUUGAUCAGUUCCUCCGGCGCUAGCGAAUACAGGAUCAACAACAGGGUUGUUACGGCGGCGGAGUACAAUGCAGCACUUGAGAAAGAGAAUAUUUUGAUCAAGGCCAGGAAUUUCUUGGUUUUCCAGGGUGAUGUCGAAGCUGUGGCAUCGCAAUCACCAAAGGAUCUUACCCGAUUAAUCGAACAAAUCAGUGGAUCGUUAGAGUGGAAAUCUGAAUACGAGCGCUUGAAGAUUGAACAGGAUCGGGCUAUAGAACACUCGAACGCCAACCUCAACAAGCGACGUGGUAUCAAUGCCGAAAUCAAGCAAUAUCAAGAGCAAAAACGGGAAGCCGAGAAUUACGAACGGAAGGCAAAUGAGAAGGACCAAGCGAUCAUUACACAUGUCCUUUGGAAAUUAUUUCAUUUCCAGAAGACGAUGGAGGAUAAUAAAGCCAAAAUCGCGCAGCAACAAGCAGAAAUGCGACUUCUCAAGCAUUCGUAUGAGAAAGACAACAAAGUUUACGAGCAAGCGAGAGCAGCCCAAGCAGUGGCUAGUCGAACUAUGUCUAAAAAGGAAAAGGAAAUCAAGAAGAAGGAGGCCGCAAUUGAAGAUAAGGAGGUUUCCCUUUUGCCAGUCGACGAAAAGAUCAAAGCAGCUCAGGGGAAGGUCCAAGCUGCGGAAAACCGUAUCAGGGAAAUAAAUCGGGAUCAUGACAACCAGAAGACGUCGAUGGAGGAUUAUAAUAGGCAAAUCAAAAUAGUCAAAACUGCCCAAGCCAAGUUUGAGGCUGAUCAAGCGAAAGCAGCAGCUCAGUCUGGUGUCGCGCUUUCGAGUAAAGAUCUUGCCGAAUACGCUAAGCUUCGUGAACAGUUCAGUACUAAGGCCGGAGCCGAAAACAUGAAGCUGGAGGGUCUAGAGCGUGAGGCCAAAACUGAGACCGAGACACUCGAAGCGCUACGGAACAAGGUCGCCGGUCACGAACGACGACUUGAGGCAGCUAAUAGUGAGCUCCAAUCCAUGAAAGCGAAUUUCGAGGACGUCGACAACGAGUUCGAAACCGCCAACCAGGAAGUCCACCAGAAGAAGAAGGAGCUCAAGCUUCUCAACGACGAACGUGCCAAGACUCAACAGGCUAAAAUGAAGCUCGAGAGCCAGCUACAAGAAGCACUCAAGAAACUUCACGAGCUUGAUGAUGGCAGGAAGCAGAACGAAAAAGAAAUUAAGAUGCGCGAGACAGUUGCCACUCUGAAACGUCUGAAUCCUGGCGUUAAGGGAAGGAUCUCGGACCUCUGCAAGCCUAAGUUGAAAAAAUAUCAGGAUGCGGUCUCCACAGCUCUGGGCAGACACUUUGAUGCCAUUGCUGUUGACAAUGAGAAGACUGCUCAUGAAUGCAUACGAUAUCUCAAGGAACACCGAGUUGCUGUCGCUACGUUCAUUCCCAUGGAAACGAUUGUGAAUAAGCCACUCAACUCCAGUCUCAAGGGUAUGCAUAGAGGUAUGCGCAUGGCAAUCGACACAAUCGAUUAUGACCCAUCCGUAGAGAGGGCUAUGCUCUAUGCUUGUGGAAACACUGUUGUUUGUGAGACGAUUGAAGUAGCUAAGUACAUCUGUUAUGAAAAGAAAGUUGAAGUUAAAGCGGUUACCCUAGAUGGUACUGUCAUUCACAAGGGUGGUAUGAUGACCGGUGGUCGGGUUGAUAAGAAAAAUGCUCGACGCUGGGAUGAAACAGAAGCCGAUGGGUUUAGAAAGUUGGUCGAGGAACUGAAAACCAAGAUCCAGGACCUAGAUAGGGCCUCUUACCGUCCGGAGGAAGAGAGUCUACGAAAUGAUUACGAUCGACUUGAGAAGAAAUUGAGCGGCCUACGAGAGGAACGGGAUUUCGUAAAGAACCAAGUGGAUGAUAAGACCAAAUUCGUUAGCCACCUGGAGAAGGAACUGAGCGGUCUCAGACCCGAACUCAAUAAUGCUGAGAAGACGGUUGAUGGCCUUGAGCGACAGAUCGAAAAGCUUCGAGCAGGAAUCCAUCGUGUCCAAGACGGUAUCUUUAAAGAUUUCUGCAAGAAAGCAGGCCUUGAGAACAUUCGAUCCUAUGAAGAGACACAGGGCUCUUUGGAAGCUACAGCCGCCCAGAAGCGCCUAGAAUUCAAUUCUCAACUGAAAAAGCUGACGACACAGCUACAAUUUGAGAAGGAUCGUAUCGCCAAUACGCAGACUCGGCUCGCUUCCCUCGAAGGCCAAGUUAAGACAGCUGAGAAAAGGAUCAAAGAGUUUGAGAAAGAGAAGGCUGAAGUUACUGAAGAGCUGGAAGUACUGAACGAAGAGCUUGAAGCCCUCAAAGAGGACUUUGAGGCCGCCUCAGGCGAAAUCCAAGAACUUGCGGAGAAGGUUGCAGCUGCCAAGCGCGACGUUUCGAAGCGAAGCAAAGAGAUGGAGAAUGUUGGGAAGAUUGUCACACAAUUAGAGAGUGAUAUUGAACGAACAUCUACUAAUCGGUACGCGUUGCUAAGGCGAUGUAAGCUAGAGGAGAUUAACAUUCCCCUCACAGCUGAGUCGGAAGCGUUGGAUGCCGUUCCCAUCGAGGAUGCUCUCGCCCCACAAGCGGACCCCGAUGCUAUGGAUGUUGAUGAGGAUCCACACACUGGAACCACUGGUGCCGUUGAAAUCGAAGAUUUUGGCGUCGUUGUCGAUUUCUCAAACCUAGACGAGGAUCUCCAAACCAGUGGUGACGACCGUACCGAGGAGGAUUUGCUCGACCGGGUUAAAACAAUCGAAAGCGAGCUCGAGAAGCUUUCUCCUAACUCCAAGGCGGUCGAACGUCUUGCUGGGGUUGAAGACCGGCUCCAGGAAACUGAAAAGGAGUUCGAGAAGAGUAGACGAGAUGCUAAGGCUGCGAAAGAUCGGUUCCUGGCCGUCAAAGAAAAGAGGACACAAUUGUUUAAUAAGGCAUUUAGCCACAUCUCAGAUCAAAUUGGAAAAGUCUACAAAGAUCUGACCAAGAGCAAAACCUUUCCUCUUGGUGGCACAGCCUACUUGGAUGUAGAGGAUCAGGACGAGCCAUAUCUCGAUGGAAUCAAAUACCACGCCAUGCCUCCCAUGAAACGCUUCAGAGAUAUGGAGCAUCUCUCUGGUGGUGAGAAGACAAUGGCGGCACUAGCAUUGCUUUUCGCCAUUCACUCCUAUCAAUCAUCUCCAUUCUUUGUUCUCGAUGAAGUUGACGCUGCCUUGGACAAUGCCAACGUCCAAAAGAUCGCCAAUUAUAUUUGCAACAACUGUGGGCCUGGUUUCCAAUUUAUUGUUAUCAGUUUGAAAACUGGGUUAUUCCAACAGAGCCAGGCUUUGGUGGGUAUUUAUAGAGACCAGGUUGAGAACUCGAGUAAGAGUUUGACAUUGGAUCUACGAAAAUAUGUUGAGGCUUAA